CGGCCCAGCACUGCAGGGGCUGUCACUGUAGAUGUCCCUGUCCACAUGUGUUAUCCCCAGAGAGAAGAAAGGCAUGGCCACCAUGGAGCCCAAGGUGAUCUGCGUCCUGCUCCUGGUCUUCUCGCUGGCCCUCAGCAGCCUGGCCCAGGUCCAGACCGAGACGUGCGUGAUUGCCCCGAGCCAGAGGAGCAACUGCGGGUUCAACGGCAUCACGCCCGCCCAGUGCGCAGAGAAGGGCUGCUGCUUUGACAGCACCGUCCCCGGGCACCCGUGGUGCUUCUACCCUCUGAACAUCGUCAACAACGUUCCGGAAGAGGAGUGUGAGUUUUAGCCGCUCUCCGUGGGAGUCGCGUCUACACUUAGAAUGGGCCGCCCCCCGCCCCCGGCCGCGCUCAGCCUGCCACCACCCCCUCAU